AUGGGUAUAGCUGAAAACAUUCGUACUCCUAAAUUUCAAGUGAAAAUCGUGGAAGCGAGAAACGUAAAGCACAAGUCAUCACCGACCGCCCUCUUCGUUAGAUUUUAUCUUUAUGCAGGGAACAACAGUAAGAUCGAACUAAACACUGCAGAUCUCUGUUCGAGAUCAAACAACGAGGUCAUGAGCUGGAAUCAAUCAUUUGAUCUGGAGUGCCAAGGGAACGAAACCGCCGUCGAGGAACUGAAGCAACAAAGGGUCGUUUUCGAGUUGAGAAGAAGGAAAACGGCGUCGUUGUUUAGAAAGCUGUCAAGAUCGGAGUUGGUGGGCAGAGGAGAGGUUUCUUGGAAAUCGGUUAUUGAGUCGGAUGGGAUGAAAAUAGAAAGAUUUGUUGUCAUGGGUGAGACGAAAGAUCGGAUCUUGGAAGAUUGUAAUAAGCCACUAUUACUGAAGAUCGCUUUAAAAGUCCAAGAGUCAAAAUUAGUGUUCACUACUAAGAGAGUGGAAGAUCUUUGUGGGUGUAGAAAUUGCAGGAGAUCUAACUGCUUAGAUUAUGAAGCUUUUGUUGUGGCUUGUGCGUUAGAUGAAUUGUAA